UUCUGACCUCCUUAGUGCUAUGACGGCUUCCAAUUCGACCUCUGGCCCAACUCUCGGAUUGGCUGACGUGGAGAGAAUUUGGGGUACUACACCACUCGACGACGGAGUGGCUAUUUCAUCAGACACUCUGUCAAAAGCAAAAAUAUUUGAUGGCAGAACUGCUGUUGCCGAUAUGACAAAAACUUCCAUGUCUACUAGUGGUUUCGCCCAUUCUGCAUUUUCACAGCACCUUAGAGAGUAUGAAUUGGAAAAGACUCUUCAAACGCGUGAAGCACUAAUUGAAGAAGAGCAGCAAAAGUUACGCGAAAAAGAGGAGCAGCUUCGACGAGACGAAGAAGAGCGCUCUGAGAGAGAGCGAAAAAUGCAAGAAAUGGAGGAAGUUCUUAAACGCAAACAAAGUGAGCUCAACCGGAUUGCGCGUGAAAAGGAUGAUGAAUUUGAUAAGAGGUGCCAGCAAAUGGCUGAAUAUGAACGUAAGAAACGUGAAGAAUUAGCGGCGCUAGAACAAAGGAUACUUAAUGAACAACAGAGACAGCAGCUACGAAUGGAGGAAGAUAAUCGUCGCAGAGCUAAAGAACUUCAAGAAAUUUUAUCACGUGAGAAGGAACGUCAGCGUCAUAUGUUAGAAGCCGAAACUAAACGCAAGCGGGAGGAGGAGGAAGCUCGCAUGAAUCUGGCACUCCAAGCAGCCCAGCAUACUAAAGAGCUCGAGCAAGAACAAGCCAAAAAAGCAGAUGAAGAGCAGCGUCGACGUCUUAUUAAAGAACAACAGCGCCAACAGCAGCAAGCAUUUGAGGAGGCACAUGCUGAACGCAUUCGACAACAGGAAAUCGCCGCGCGAGCCGAAGCGGCGGCAAAAGCGGAACAACAAAGGAUCAAAACAGCAAACAGCAGAUCAACAACACACAGCAAAGGUUGCAUGGCAAACUAUUCCUCAGGUUACAAAACCCAUUCAGAUGAAUAUUGUUCCGCCAGUAACUCACAAUCAGCAGCAAACUUCAGCUACAAAUAAAACGUCAUCUACUACUUCUGAUCGUGAGCGUCGAGGAUGGCAGCAAGUACAAAUGCCAAAACCUGCACCUAUUCCUCCAGUUAUUGGGAAAGGAAGUGGAGGAGCGAACGCUGCUAUAACAAAUCAGCAACAGCAGUCCGUCGGAGCUAAGAAACAUUCCCAGCAAAAGAAAGUUAAUGACACAAAAACUAAAUCGCCAAAGCAACAACCAGUAGUGGCUGACAAAUUCACCCAAUGGAUUAUUAAUCGUGUUAAAGAGUUAAAUUCAUCAGUUGAUGCUGAAGUUUUUGCCAAUUUUAUUGCACAAGUAGACUCUCCUGAUGAGGUAUUUUGUUUUUGUGGUACUUUAUGGAUAUGUCACCCCCCUCCUAUUU